AUGGAAGGUGUUGAUCCACUAAUAGAUGGAGACAAACUGAUUCUAAAGGGAUUGAGUUUCUAUGGUUUUCAUGGAGCAUUGAAGGAAGAAAAGACGUUGGGGCAGAAGUUUUUUGUAGAUGUAGAUGCUUGGAUGGAUCUCAAACCAGCUGGAAAAUCUGAUGACUUGUCUGAUUCUUUUAGUUAUGUUGAAAUAUAUCGUAUAGCUAAGGAAGUUAUUGAAGGACCGUCUCAAAAUCUUCUGGAGUCAGUGGCCCAAAAAAUUGCAAUCUCCACUUUGGAAAUUCACAAAGAGAUAUCUGCUGUUCGUGUGAAGGUUGGAAAGCCUCAUGUGCCAAUUCCGGGUCCGCUUGAUUACUUAGGUGUGGAGAUUUUGAGACGCAGAAGUGAUUUGACAGAUUAG